AAGAUGUCAGUCAUGGCAGAAUCUGUUUCAUCUCAAGGCAGCUCUUGGCUGCAGGUCAGAGACGGUGAAGAUGGCAGUGAAGAUAUGAAGGAUUUAGAAGAAGUAGCAGACAGACCCACAGACCAAGAAGUUGCUUGCAUGUUACAGUCUUGUUCAUCAGCUUUAACUUCAUGUACAAGCUGCUCUCAGUCCACUCAGCAGCUAAGUGAGACCAUGCACCGUAAAAUGGAGGACAUUGUGGUCAGGCUCACUUCUCAGAUUGAGUCCCUAAAAUCCCAGCUGGAAGCCCGUCAGCCUGAAACCAGUUCACGUGACAGAGAUACCACCUCGGGUUCGGAGCAGCAGUUGGAUUCUCAGCAGCAUGAGGAGGAGCUCCAACAGCAGGAGGAUGAAUCAGGACAGCAAGCAGAAACUGACCAGGUUGAAAGCCCUGUGGAAGCCCAGUCUGUUCAGCAGGAAGAGGAAUCCAGUGAACAAGAACAGCAGUUCCAGAGCAGCCAGAGGUCAUCUGUAGAAAGACAGUCAGGUUGCAGUGUCGAGCAGCAGGUUCUAUAUAGCAACAGCUUCCUGCCGGCUCAACGAACAGCACCUGUAUUCCUUCCAGAACCAGAGAUGCAGAUUGCAUGCUUGCCUCCCCAGGAUGCCUUGGGUGGAAACCAUCGUCCUUCAGCACCUUCCCCAACUCCAUCAAUGUACUCUCUACGGGCUCAGGCACAAGGAGUUGUCAGCUCUCCUCCUCGCACUUCAUUGGUUGUCCCUCAGCCCACACUUGCUUCUCAUAAUGCCACUGCUUCAAAUCUCCCUCCUCCACUGCUGCCUGAGACUACACCUACUGCCCGCCAAGCUGCUGUCAUGAGCCAGUUCACAAGCCAGCAGUUGACCAGUGGGCUUGGGCACGAAUCUGAUGAUGAUGAUUUCCACAGCACAAGCGAUAAUGAUGAGGGCAGCUCUUUAUCAGCAUCCCAUGAGAAUGGAAAGCUGAUCGAAUGUCCGAUGUGCACCUUGUCCUUCCAAUCUGGCGCCAUACGUCUCCUUGAGGAACACAUUAACUCUCACUUGGAACAUGUUUGUCCAGUAUGUUCUGUGGCUUUCCAGCGAAACAACCAGAAAAAGUUUGAGGAGCAUGUCCAUGCCCAUUUUGAAGGAGAGGACAAUCUUGAAGACUCUAACCCACUUGACGAUCCCACUGGACCAUGGGGACCCCAGUUCAGGGCUGCACGCCUCUUGGAGAUUGACUAAGGGAUUCAACACCAGCAUUAGCUUACAGAUGCAUGGAAAUAGCUCUUUUAUUUCAGGAUUAUUUGUGCUUUAUUCUGGUGAAUAAUGAUAGCAUAUGAAAUUACAUCUCCUUAUCUAUAUAUGAAUGCAAUAGAGGCAUGAAAAUAUGAAGUAAAGAUCACAAUAUAAGGUAGAUUUAAUUAUUACAAUUACCUUCCAUGUAGAUGGUAACCAUGUCUUAGUUUGGAUUCUUGUAUUUAGGCCCAACAACAGUAUUGGGACUUUUGUGAAUGAUUUUUAAGAACCCCCUGUUGUUCUUCACAUCUUAACUCGCAAAAAGAUGGUUGCUAAAUGUCAAUUAGUAAAGGGUGGCUUGAAAUCAGAUUUAUUUUUCAGUGAAAUUUUUUAUAUAAUUUUUGUUUGGUUAUGUGUAAAACCAAGGGACAACUUUUGUGAUAUGAUAAGCUUUAAAAAAUUAGAUUACAAUUCUAAAAAAAAAAGAAAACAAAAAUCAAGUACACAUUGUUUUUAUCAGUCUUGACAAUGCUUAGCUGUCCAAGUAUAUCUUUGAAAUACACAAGCAAUAUUCUAUCAGCAAAAUACUAAAAUAUAUUGUCUAUCCUUUCCAGUGUUGCAUUAUGAUAAUUAUUAUUAUCGUUGUUUUUAUUGUUUACCAAUUAUAUUUAUUUGUUUUUUCUCAUCAAGUUAUCAAGCAAAUUUUAUAUUGUGUUAUAUUCUACUUUUCAUACUACUCACCUCUUUUUCCCCAAGUUAGCCAAUUGCCAGUUUAUGUAUGCUGCCUAAGAAAUAGGAAAACUUAGAAAUUGGACUUUAUGCAGUAGUGACAUAAGGGCAAGAAAUGUUUUCCUUGGGAAUUUGGUUAGUUUAGAUACAGAGGUUGAAGAUUGUCAGAACAGUCGUAUGUGCAUUAACCCAAUCCCAACAGGUGACUACCCGAUACACAAGCCCUUUCUCCCGGGUUGUAUUGUUAGUGGCCUGGGCCCCACUACUGGGGGCUUGUGUCGUCACCCUAGUGUUCAUGGUAUGACCACACAUGCCCCCCGAGAAUGGGAUGGGUGCAUUAUGGUACGUAUGCGCAUGCCACCCAGAAUACAAUCCAGGCAUGCCAUGGCACGUAUGUAUAUGCAACCCGAUGGCCAAGGGUUAAUGGGCUUUGAUUAAAGGACUAGAAACGUGCCGAAUGCACCUGGGAGGCGACUGUUUUGGUUCCUUGUUUAGUAUAAUGCAUUUAUUAGCCAGUCCUUGAUAAAAUUAUCCUUAGAGGUUAAUUCUUUUGAUUGUGUUGAAAAUGAAAAGAAUAGAAAUUAUAUAUUCUCACUGUAAUGGAAAAAAGCCAAGUUCAAGACUAUGGAUUGACUUGGUCAUAUUGUUGCAAUGAUUCCUUGUUGGUAGUAACUAUAGGUUAACUUCUGACAGUAACAGGAAUGGAAAAUAUUCUAUUAAAACUACAGGAAAUAUAUCCAAUAUAUAAUUAAUUUGUUAAGUGGUUUAGUUGCAAUAAUUAACUAAAUAAAAAAGGGAAAAAACACUUCAUUCUAACACUUGUCAGGUUCACAGCUAUAAACAGGCCACCUUAUUGUAAGACAUGCAUUGCAAUAAGAAUUUAUUUAUUUAGAAUAGAUAUGAACAAGUGUUUCUUAUUUUUUCAUUUAUUUAAAGCAAGGAGAUUGAUAAUAGAAAAUUAUCUGCCUCGUCAUUAUUUAAAUUGAUGCAGUAACAUUAUGUUUACAAUAUAGGGUUUCUCUAAUUUGUGCUGGUCAACUAACUAACUAACUCUCCCUCUCCCUCCCUCCCUCUCCCUCUCCCUCUCCCUCCCUCCC